AUGCCGGAGGCGCAGUCGCGACGCAACGUGCUAUCUCUCCGCAGCGCCACUUUUGGAUCGUGUCGUCGCGUAGGCACGCACAAGCUCUUGUGCAGUGCUUCAGCACCAUCCAGCCUGCUCAUCGCGUGUAGCGGGAGCAUGCCUGGGGCAGUUGCAACAGCUGAUUGUUUGUAUCAUGACAACUCUACACGAGACACUCCCUGGUACGACGACAUGCGUCCUGAGCUCGCUCGUUGA